AUGGAAGUAACCUGUGGGAAGAAACUGACUAUACGAAGCCCAUUCCACCUACAAUUAGGAGGAUACCAGAAUGACCCAGUGUCAAAAGAAGGAGACAUGUCUCUGAUCAUGAAGAAAAAUACCCCCAAGUGUCUUCCAAUGGAAGAAUUACCAAAAUUGGAUCCUAAUUUGACUAACUGGACAGAAUCUAGAAGAGGUGAUAGAGGUGGGGGUAGUGGAUCUGGUAGAAGAGGUAAGAGAGGUGGUGGUAGGGGGACUAGAGGAAAAGGCAAAAGAGGUAAAGGGAAUACAAAAUUUGGUGAGGGAACUUCUAAUAUUGAUGAAGAAAAUGUGGUGACUCCUACUGUUAAGAGUGAUAAUGAAGAGGUAAGAGAUGUGGAGAGUCCUAACGUUGAUGAUGAAAUAAGAGUGGAUGUAAAGAGUGAUAUCGAUUUCAUGAGAUAG